AUGAGCGCCUACGCUCCCCCGAUGAGCAGCCCCGACGCCGCAAAAGACAAAUUCUGCGAGGAUCAGCACGCUCUCUUGACGACUGUGUCGAAAGCGGAUAAUUUGAUUGUCCUUGGUGACUUCAACACCCGCGUCGGCACAGACCAUGCUGCCAGGAGAGGAGUGAUGGGUCCCCAUGGUCUCCGCGGCUCCAAAGAAAGUGGUCUGCUACUUCUCCGCACCUGCGCAGAACACCACCUCAUCCUGACGAACAUUUCCUUCUGUCUGCCGGAGCGAGAGAAGGCCACCUGGAGGCAUCCUCGGUAGCAUCAGUGGCACCUGCUGGACUAUGUCCUCGUCCGGAGGCGAGAUCAGCGGGACGUGCUGGAGACAAAGGCGAUCGCGCGCGCUGAAGGGUGGACCGACCAUCGCCUCGUCAUCUCGAAGAUGCGUAUUUGCCUAGAUUCUUGCAGGAGACCACAAAAUAAGCGACCCCAGGGAAGCUGAAUAUUGCCUUGUUGUCUUCGCCCGCUCACCAUCUUCAUUUCAGCAAUGAGCGAGCUCAAUGGCUAGGCAAUCUUCCAAUUGUUGCCGCCGCCGCCGCUGACGCCGCCGCUGACGCAGGCGCUGUCGAGAACGCCUCCGUGGAGAACCGCUGGUGUCAACUGCAAGACACGGUUUAG